CAUUGCAUUUUUCCGGUCAUGUGACAUCGUACUUCCUCAUUUUUCGUCAUGGUCAGAAUUUAUGUCCAGUGUCCCAUUGGCUGUCAUAACAUUGCGGUAUUAGUAUAUAUGAUAAUUUUAUAUUUAUGAUGAUACCGUUGCUAACCUUGGCUACUCCAAUAACCAUAUUAAACUACACGAAGUACGUCAGUCAGUCGAGGUAAGAGAACGUUCGAUCGUGCUAAUCAAGUUUUGACCUGAUAAUACGGACUCGUGAGCUUCAAAUUUCGAUGUGAAAACUGAUUCUGUUACACAUCUCAUCUACCCAGGUGAAUAUUUCGAAUUGUUAAAUCAUUGAAAAUAAAAUAACAAUGACGUAUGCCGACCCGUUCGACUUCCCAAACGAUACCGGAACAAUGUAUGAAGCAAAAUCUUCUCAAAUGCACGAAUGUAAAGAACUGAUGUAUUUUGCUGCCUUUUGCAUUAUUGUUUCGAUCAUUGUUGGCCUAAGCGGUAACUUACUGACUAUUGUUGCUUUAUUAAGAUGUCCACGAGUGCGCAGUGCCACAGCUGCCUUUAUUAUUAGCCUUUGUGUUGCUGAUUUUUUGUUCUGUGCUUUGAAUCUACCAUUCAGUGCUUCUCGAUUUAUCCAUCAGAAGUGGAUUCAUGGAGACAUUUUGUGUGUCAUGUUUCCUUUCAUGCGGUACGUCAACGUAGGGCUGUCGUUGAUGUCUAUCACAGCGAUUACAAUAAACCGUUAUAUCCUAAUUGUUCAUCAAAGACUCUAUGAGAAGAUAUACCGAAAAUGUUAUAUUGCAAUCAUGAUUGCUGCAAUCUGGUUGUUUUCCUUCGCUAUGUUGUUACCUACACUAAUUGGCAUAUGGGGGCGCUUUGGAUAUGACAAAAAGAUAUUAAAUUGUUCUAUCCUGACAGUUAACGGUCAAUCUUCAAAGACGUUUUUGUUUAUCUUUGGGUUUCUUAUUCCUUGUGUCGCCAUCAUAGUUUGUUAUGCCCGUAUCUUUUGGGUAUUAAAGACGAGUGCCAGUCGAGUUCGUGCUUAUAGUAACUCGGAAACAAAGGAACAGAAAAAGAACCGAGAUGCAAAAAAACGGAAAGAAGAAUGGCGAGUUACUCGGAUGGUUCUUAUAAUUUUCUGUUCUUUCUUGGUUUGCUAUCUUCCUAUCACUAUCGUAAAGGUAGCGGACAAGCAGGCCAAGUACCCGGCUUUACAUAUUGUUGGCUACAUUCUCAUCUAUAUCAGCGCCUCCAUCAACCCCAUUAUCUACGGUGUUACCAACAAACAGUAUCGACAGGCUUAUAAGACAGUUCUGAUGUGUCGUCGACCGCGCAGUCUCAGUGUUAGUACAAAUGCUUCCAACACUAACGAUCCAUCUAUUAACCCAUGUACUCUGGUGUCCAAUGUUGCUCAAAAUAGCAAAGAUGAUUCUGUAUUUGUUGACGAGCGUGUCUAAGAUAACCAUAACGCACAUUAAACUUUCCUCGAAGGUCUAUGUCCGUUGUAAAGAUUAAGUAAAUUUUACUGAGACAUUUAGAAGGUAUCGUCGUUUCUAAGGUUUCUUAAAAUAGUAUACAGUUUUUUGAUGCUUGUUGACGAAUCAAUACAGAACGUUUAAAACGUUACUUUAGUUUGAAAAAACAAACAAAAACAUUUAACUUGCUAUGAAUAGUAUUAAAUCUCUAAUUACUUCAGAUAGCUUGGAUGUAUCUUUGUCUCUCUAAUGUUUUUUAAAAGUACCAAAGAGUGAGUUAACAAUUUAAAUUUGAAGUGUAUCUCAAUUCCUAAAAAAUGAAAGGGUUAAAUUUGCUAAAAAAUCUUCUUCAUAGUGUACACUAUUCAGAUAACUUGAAUAUGUAUUUAUCUUGCUAAUGUUUAAAAGCUUUGGAAUAUGUAAAUAAGAUGUAUGUAGAUAAUAACUUGAGUUAACGUUAUAGUUCUUAUUACAAAAUAAAUAUAAAUCAUAAGUUCUGACGUUUUCGUCUUUAGAAGGGUCAAUAUCUUUCUGUAAGUUUAAAAAUAACCUUAGUUAUUUCAAUACCUUUUAAUGAAAUAAUGCAUGAUAUUUGAGCUUGUUGAAAAUAAGGUCCUUUUCAAUAGUGUUUUUUUAGUUCUUUUACAUUCGGGUAAGCUGAUGCCUAACAAAUUAGCUGUAAUUCUGAAUUACGAGAGGAACGGAAGGGCACGCUUUCGGAGAAUAAAUCGAACUCAGAUCUGUGGAAUAAGAGGGACUGGAAACAGUGGUGUAAACAAAACAAAAAUGUAUUCUUUGUUGACUCUCAAACACAUAUGAAGGCAGUACUCCAGUAUCAGAACUAGUCAGCUUCACAAUGAUAUUGAACGCUAAUUGCUGAAGCAGAUUAGGAUGACAUCUUCACCAGACAAAAAAGUAACAGGAUUGUCUCAUGUCACACCUUUAAUCAAGUGAAACCUCUCUCAGUGCGGCAUCACACAAUGUGUGUUACUCACAUUAGCACUCAUACUCGUUCUACAUUUAAGAAGGUAUAAUUUUCCUGCUUAUACUGACUAGUUUCGGGCAUAACUCGCAUGCUAAGUGAAUUAGUACAAGUUUGUAGAAUGAUUCCUGUGGUGUGUAACUUGCCCAAGUCGUAGAUAAGGGAAAGGUAAAGCUGAAUACAUCCUGUUAAGAACAACUAUAAAUAAAUUUUAAUGCUAGUAGGUCUGCAUGAAAAUUUCAUAAAACUCUGGAUGAAUAAAGUACGAUAUUCUAUUUACAGACAGGUAAAGGCUGAAUAAACAUGAAGUACGAUAUUCUAUUUACAGACAGGUAAAGGCUGAAUAACCAUGAAGUACAAUAUUCUAUUUACAGAGAGGUAAAGGCUGAAUAAACAUGAAGUACUAUAUUCUAUUUACAGACAGGUAAAGGCUGAAUAACCAUGAAGUACGAUAUUCUAUUUACAGACAGGUAAAGGCUAAUAAACAUGAAGUACGAUAUUCUAUUUACAGACAGGUAAAGGCUGAAUAAACAUGAAGUACGAUAUUCUAUUUACAGACAGGUAAAGUCUGAAUAAACAUGAAGUACUAUAUUCUAUUUACAGACAGGUAAAGGCUGAAUAAACAUGAAGUACGAUAUUCUAUUUACAGGCAGGUAAAGUCUGAAUAAACAUGAAGUACGAUAUUCUAUUUACAGACAGGUAAAGACUGAAUAAACAUGAAGUACGAUAUUCUAUUUACAGACAGGUAAAGGCUGAAUAAACAUAAGUACAAUAUUCUAUUUACAGACAGGUAAAGGCUGAAUAAACAUCAAUACAAUAUUCUGUUUACAGACAGGUAAAGGCUGAAUAAACAUAAGUACAAUAUUCUAUUUACAGACAACUAAAGACUGAAUAAACAUGAAGUACGAUAUUUUAUUUACAGACAGGUAAAAUACUGGUGGUUUACAAUUGCCACGGUUCUACCAAUGAUAAGUAUUUCGUUAACGGAUUUUUAAUGCUUCCUAAAAUCUACUAAGACCAUGAAAAGCGUGUCUUUAUAAUGGAAUGCGUUACUGAACUUGAUCAUUUUUGAAAAAAAUAUCUAUUUCUUGAGAUGUUCUAUGACAGAAUAAUUUUAAAGAGUCUCUCCCUAUAUUCAUAAAAUAUCCUGUUUAUGAAGUGAAAUUAGAUUUCGUGCCGUCUCAAUCAGAGACACAUUUUGAAAGCGAAAAUGCACGUUUCUACAUAUAAAUAAUUAGUUUAGUGAUUUUUAGAAGUAUUUCGCUGAAUUGUGUAUGUAGCAUGCCCUAACUUUAGAAAUCAUCAUUGUUUAUAUAAUGUUGGAUACUUUUAUAUGUAGCUAAGAAAUAUUAAUGUUGUGUAAUAGCAUGGUAUUGUAUUGUUGCAUUCAUCAUUCUACUGUUACGAUAUGUGAUACCACAGAUGUGUUUAAAGUAUUGCAAGUUUUAAAGUGAAAAGAGAUGAUUCUGUUGACGACAGUUGAUGUUUCACAUAUUUGCAAUACUAACAUAUUGUUAUAUCUUGUAAACACUAGUAGUUUUUUAAAAGUGUUAUAAAACAAGUUAAACAAGUUGUUA